AUGAAAGCAAAUUCAUCGAUAACUUUGAUGAAAGAUUUCGUUUUUUCUUGGAAAUCCUUACCUGAUAAAUCUUCAAUGAUAAAGUUGAAUCUGCAUAAUCUCAAAUAUUGCGAAUCGUUAACGUCUUUCCAUUCAGCUAUCCAAAGCCAACCUCAGAACCAAAUUGGAGCAUCACCUAAGGACAACAAGAAAAAUUAUUUAAAGCUCAAAAUCUUUACAAAAAGAGAGACUUUGGAAGUAGAAAAAUUGGUAAGGGACUACUACAUUAACGAUAACAUCAGUCAAAUUUCAACUAAUAUUGUGCUGAAAGAUGGAACAUCCGUUCGCUAUAUGCUGUAUACUAUACACGAAGCAUAUGAUAAAUUUAAUGUAGAUUUCCCUGACCAAAAAAUCGACCAUAAAAAAUUUGCAAAAUUGAGACCACAUUUUGUUAAAUUAAAAAGCCAAAUUCCACACCGCACAUGUCUUUGCAGUAUCCAUGAAAAUAUGGGAUUUGCACUGAAAGCAUUAGCUCUUGCCGAUCCUACAUUCAAAGAUGUAGCUAUUGGAUAUAACUACACAGUAACUUUAUUUGCGAUGGCGACAAGGAAAAAUGUUUUUCCAACAAAUGUCGCUUAUGUGAGCAUUAACCAGCGUUCUUCGAAAAGUUCGAACAAAACGAAGUCAAUGCCUCAAAAUCGGUGA